CCGCAACAUUGGGCGGAAGACGAGAAAACGGCUUCUUGGUAAUUCUUACAGCUGCCACCCAUUCACCAGUGAGGCUCCAACACACACAACAUAGUACUAAAGGAUUUCUUUUUCUUUCUUUGUCUCUUACACUUCAGUUCAUUCCUUUUAAUUUAUCCUUUUUUUUCAUUAUUUUUUGAUAAUUUCAAGAAUUCUUGUGUCUGGGUUCUCGAAGUUCUUAGACUUCAUUGUGUCUCUCCCCUUCUUAUCUUUUUUCCCCCCUACAUUUUGGCUUAGUUUGAUUUUUGUUGGGUUUGCAAUUUCUGGGUUUGAUAUUAAAAUCAAGAGGGAAGAUAUGUGGAAUAAGUCAAGAUUGACUGAAGGAGAAUCCCGUUAUUCUUCUAAGAAGACAGACGACAUAUGUUCGGAAGCUAAUGACGAGGAUUCAGGUCGAACUUUGAGCAUGUCAAGAUUAAAGUGUAUUAAGUAUGGAUUGGAUAUGAAAGCAUAUCUAUUUCUUUUGGUGUUGGUUCCGAUGUGCGUCUUUGUUAUUUAUGUGCAUGGACCAAAGAUCACAUCCUUCUUGAGGCCUUUAUGGGAAAAACCGCCCAAGUCCUUCCAUGAUAUCCCUCACUAUUAUCACGAGAAUGUGUCGAUGGAGAAUCUUUGUAAACUUCACGGUUGGGGUAUACGAGAGCAUCCAAGGCGAGUAUUUGAUGUAGUCUUGUUCAACAAUGAAGUAGACAUCCUUAAAAUACGAUGGAAGGAAUUGGACCCUUACGUGACAGAAUUUGUACUACUCGAGUCAAAUUCGACAUUCACUGGACUGGCAAAGCCUUUGUUCUUUUCUGCUAAUCGAGGGCAAUUCAAAUUUGUCGAGUCACGAUUGACUUAUGGGCAAUGUCCAGGCAGAUUUAGGAGAGGAGAAAAUCCAUUUAUUGAGGAGGCCUAUCAGAGACUGGCUUUGGAUUUUCUUCUCAAACAAGCUGGAAUUCAGGAUGACGACUUGUUGAUAAUGUCGGAUGUUGAUGAGAUACCGAGUCGACACACGAUUAAUCUUUUGAGAUGGUGCGAUGGUAUACCUCCAAUCCUCCAUCUUCGGCUGAAGAACUAUCUGUACUCUUUCGAGUUUCUUGUGGAUAAUAAUAGCUGGAGAGCUUCUGUUCACAGAUAUCAAUCGGGGAAGACAAAAUAUGCACAUUAUCGACACUCUGAUGACAUUUUGGCUGAUGCAGGAUGGCAUUGUAGCUUUUGCUUCCGACACAUUAAUGAAUUCAUAUUCAAGAUGAAAGCUUAUAGCCAUUUUGACAGGGUUCGAUUUUCUCAUUUUCUGAAUACCAAAAGAAUCCAGAGAAUUAUUUGCAGGGGGGAAAAUUUAUUCGAUAUGCUGCCGGAAGAGUACACUUUUAAGGAGAUUAUUGGGAAAAUGGGACCUAUUCCCCAUUCAUACUCAGCCGUUUAUCUCCCUUCAUAUCUACUGGAAAAUGCCCAUAAAUACAAAUUUCUCUUGCCCGGAAAUUGCUUGAGAGAAAGUGGCUGAACUAUACAGGACCCUCUUCUGAAAGUUUGAGGUUUGGUUUCUGGCAAAGGGUUUCGCGAUCAAUUUGUGACUUCAGUAUGUCUAAAUGUAUGGCCGCAAUAAUUGCAUCAUUUCUUUUCUUAGAUGUUUUUGAAAAAAGGGUGCAUUCUUGGAUUUUAGAGCGAGUCAGGUAUAGAUUUUCCUAGAGCUGGGGUUUGCUGUGAUGUGUACAAUUAAGUUGUGCACUGGAUCUUCAUUGUUGUUUGUAUGAAAACAUCAUAUGACCGGCUGCAAAUGGCUUCGGGGAAAUUUUUGAGAUUGGACUAAUUUUGUGUGUUUUUGUAUCAUGUAGCGUAUGUAUUUUUUUCAACUUGUAGCAUUUUAUUUUUACUGA